UAACAGAGGAGUUGCAGUGGGUCACAAGCUUUGUCUCAGAUUUUCUCAUCAGAGACUCUGAAUUGGCAAUUAGUUCGAACUCGAUCGAACUGCUCGGAGCAGAGAGCAUGGCAGAGAACAGUAACAAGAGAUGGAUAAGCGUUUUCUCAGUCAACACUGAAGCUUAUAAGCACUUCUCAGAGACGAUAUGGCCGUUGUUCAAGAAGGGUCAUGUAAAAACCAUUCUUCUCUUCCUUCUCCUCUUCGUCUCCGCCUUUGUUGCUACUCGCUGGACCAAUACCUCAAUUAUGGAUGUUUCGAAGCUUAGAUCAUUUCUGCCUUCCAACACCAUUUCCAAGACCUUCAAACAGUCUAAAGAGAGACUUGAAUUCCCCUUCAAUUGCUCCGAUGUGAAAUUAACAAAAACCUGCCCUGCAACUUUAUCGGCGAGAUCAGGGACCCACCAGAAUACCAACGGUUCAGGAUCAAGAUCAGGUGAGAAGUGCCCACAUUAUUUCAAGUGGAUCCACGAGAAUCUACGGCCAUGGACGGAGAGAGGAGGGAUAACAAAGGAGAUGGUGGAAAGAGGAAGACCAACGGCUAAUUUCAGGUUACUGAUCGUGAACGGUACGGUGUAUGUAGAACGAUACAGCCCAGCAUUUCAGACCAGAGAUUUGUUCACUUGGUGGGGUAUCCUUCAAAUGAUGAGGAGGUAUCCGGGUAAGCUGCCGGACUUGGACUUGAUGUUCGAUUGUGAUGAUCAACCGGUCAUCAGAUCUGACCAUUACAAGGGAUUUUUUGCGUCGGCCCCACCACCUUUGUUUCGUUACUGUGCGGAUGACUCGACACUGGAAAUCAUUUUCCCUGAUUGGUCCUUCUGGGGCUGGCCAGAGGUGAAUAUAAAGCCAUGGGAGCCACUGAAGAAGCAAUUGAGAGAAGGCAACAAUAUAGUGAAAUGGAACAAGAGGGAACCUUACGCUUACUGGAAAGGGAAUCCCUAUACUUCCCCAAACAGGCAAGACCUCAUGAAAUGCUCUCAAAAUCACGACUGGAAUGUUCGCGCCUAUUCCCAGGAUUGGGGGAAAGAAUCUCGAGAAGGUUACAAGAACUCCGAUUUAACAAAGCAAUGCACCCAUAGGUAUAAGAUUUACGUAGAAGGGAGAGGUUGGUCGGUUAGUGAAAAAUAUAUUUUGGCCUGCAACUCAAUGACCUUGGUAGUGAAGCCUCGAUACUACGACUUCUUUUCCAGAAGUUUAAUUCCAUUGAAACACUACUGGCCGAUUAAAGAACAUCAAGACAUGUGCAGAUCUACUAAGUUCGCUGUGGAUUGGGGAAACACACACCAAAAGGAGGCACAAACAAUUGGAAAUGCAGGAAGCAAAUUUGUACAAGAGGAACUGAAGAUAGAAAACGUGUAUGACUACAUGUUUCAUCUUCUUAAUGAGUAUGCAAAGUUGUUGAAAUAUAAACCAACCAUACCUGAACAUGCAGUGAAGUUUUGUUCAGAGGUAAUGGCUUGCCCUGCAUCUGGGUUAGUGAAGCAGUACAUGAUGGAGACAGUGGUGGAGGAUCCUAGUGAUACAGAGCCCUGUACAAUGCCACCUCCUUUCGACCCCACAACUCUUAAAGCUUUUCUUAGUGAAAAGGAGAAUUCCAUGAAACAGGUUGAAACUUGGGAGCAUCAAAAUCAGAAGCAUUAGAGUUUUUUUGAGUUUAGAGGUUCCAUUUUCA